GGUUAACUCACAUUUUAUAUUUAGCUACGCCAUUUGGUAAAAUUAAUGUUUCAUGACGACAAUAGUCCUGCAUUUCAAAAUGAACUACCGCAUUUUAUACGGGUUGGAGAUGGUAAUACUGUGUUGGUCAAAAGUGAACGGUCAAAGUAGUAGAGAUGAUAUCGUCAGCCCAAGUGUAGUUGAGGCUAGAGGAACGUUUACUGUGACAUGUGACGCGUCACGUGCUGGUGUACCAACAAAUGCUACAACAGUUGCUCAUUUAUUUAUUACACACAGACGUGGGACAAUAUAUCGAGAUUUAGCAAUAUACAGCAUAUAUGUAUAUCCAUACGAGAUAAAAGUUGAACCAUUCACAAUUCCGCGAAGAGACUGGACUUAUAAUUUUGAAGGAAGCCUAAGAAGAGGUACAGCGGACCAGCCAAAAAACAGGAACACGAUGAAAAUCAAAUUAGUUAUCCGUGAUGCCAGAUGUGCAGAUGACGGCACUUACAUUUGUCGAGGGAUGUAUAUUAGCUCUAACGGUCAACAAACAAACGUAAAAGGCUUGUACCAGAAUCUCUCUGUCCUAGUUGGAAGAAAAAUGACUUUCUACUUGAAUCCCAUGAAUAAUACUGGACUGGGUCCAUUUGAGUCCGUUCAUCGACCAGGCUCAAGUGUUAGUAUAUAUUGCAGCAUUGAAGGACAAAACAACGUAACCUUUCAAUGGAAAAUUGGCAGCAAAUUGAAUAAUUUCAGUAGCAUUUCUCUAUACCCUGCACUAAACCCAAUAUUUGAGAGAGUCGAGGUAGAACCAGCUUGUUCCCGCUACCGUCAUUCGUCAACACUAAAGUUUCAAAUAGAAUACAAGUAUGAUGGCUACAUGUUUGUGUGUGAGGCUACAGAAAACAACAAGGACACUGUUGUUGGGAACAUGACAAUAUACACCCAAAUAGGGACAGAGGCAGCCCAUACUGGGUAUGAAUGGCAACAAUAUAAUUGUUCUAGUUUGUAUUGA